AGGACAGAACAGAACAGUCCAAGUCGAGUGCGCUCUGCCCUUGCAAGAUGUAAAUACGGAUGUUCCUAGAUUCAAGGGAGGUGGAAGCGAGUCCGAGGCAGGUCAGGAGGAACCGGGAGCUCUGGAUAUUGGGGGAAACGCUCCACGAACUAUUAUGAAAAUGCAGAUUUGUCAACAUUCGAGUCGAAUUAGUCAUUAGUCAGGUUCUGCCUUGAGCCUUGAGAGGUCGAGCUGUGGUCUUUCAUCUCUAGGAUCCUAUGCUUUUCAGCUGCUUGCGCUGCCAGCUCCAGCUUUAUUGACGCAAGCUGCGCAGGUUCUCAAUGGUACGGUUGAAUCGCAGAAUAGAGCCUGUGCCAUUCUCUGUAUUUGAUGGUGUUUGGGCGACGCGAGUGAGAUAGACAGUCGCGCCUGUGGGUGGAGUUGCAGGUGGGCAAGAGUUUUUUUAUGCGCAGGGCGAGACGAAGGAAUUACUAUCAUUCACGUCGGUAAUUUAUUAGCUCGGAUUUGUGGAAAAGUCGAUUGCGUGAGAGGAACCUACGGAAGAUACAUAGGAGCAGAUGACGAAGCUUGAGACUGAGGGCACGAACUAAUUGCUCCUUGUCAAGGAAGGGGAAACGAGGUGCAAGGGGAAGAAGUCGCGGAUUAGCUAGAAACCUAAUGUAAUGGUGGCUUUUCUCUUGACAAGGGAGACUAUGUUUACGGAAACCGAUGGAAGACGGGAAAGAGUUCACGGGUCUCAGUUGCAGCUCUUGGUCAUGUCGUGACACAAUUUAGAGCGUUGUUGCCGAGUUCUGGUGCAUCGAUCAUUCUUUUGAGAGGUGGUCCUCAGUCCCAGCUCAGGGUCAUGUCGUGACACAAUUUAGAAGGGUGGUGCCGAGUUCUGGAAUAUCGAUCAUUCUUGUGAAAGGUGGGUGGUGCAGGGGAUAUAGAAGGUUCUUUGGCGCUUAUUCUGGAUUCCCGAACAAGUUCAUCUUCAAUAGCUUGCGGAGAUGGUCAAUUGCUCUACCAAUUGCAAAAGAGUGUGUGUGGAGCUUAUGUCCUCCUUGUUGAUUCCGGGAGAGGAUAUCCCGCUGUAGAAAACUCUGUGAAUUAGGGUUUAUGGUGAUGGUGGCAUCCUCUUCCUGGUAUAUUUGCGAGCUGUUCCCAAUUAGUGGAUCCCUCUCCUGCAAUGUAGGAGCGAAGCGAUGAUGCAUGGGGACAAUACUAUGACCAAAGUGGACGGUUCGAGUUCUUUUGGACAGCUAGAUCCCUUGAAGGAGAAUGGGCAUGGUACUGAGGGUUGCCAGAACCACUCUAUUAUUGAAAAUUCAGUCGUCGAUGGUGAGAUGAAACUCGGAGAUUAUCAAGCAACGUUGGAGCAAUCAACUUUCGGCACCAUUUUGAAUAAUCCUGCUUCGUGUACAAAUGAUACCCUUGUAGGUGCUUCAACAAGGCGACCAGAGAGAUUGAAAAUCAUAGUGAAGAGGAAAGUUGUGGCAGAUGAAUCAGGCAAAGAAGCCCGUACUAAAUCACCUAAUAAGAGACUGAAGGUUGAUACGAGUGGGUUUGUAGGAGGUCAAAAUGAACUACUUGAACUCAAAACAAACACGUUCGCAGGAUCUCCAGCACAAGGAGUCGCAUGUAUGGAUUCAAGGCUUGAUGUGGAAGUUGAGAAGUUGGGGGUUGAAUCCGCACAUGUGUCUCUACCAGUUUGGGGACAACCUCACACUUCUACCAGAGCUAAAACCCAGAAGGUCAUGGCCAUCGAAAGGAAUGAGCCCUUCCAAGCCGAUCAUGCUGUCACCGAUAAUAAGGAGAUGUCACCUACAUUGUUGGACAACUCAUCUCAAGAGCUCCUCAAUUCCCUUUCGCCAGCUUCAAAAUUGUGUGAUGAAGAGCACAUUGUUGCAGCGAAGUAUUCGUCUGCUGGAGUGGGGCUUGUGACUUCUGCGUCGGGAGUACUUGAGAUUACUGAAGUUGGACGAAGUGCCCCAGCUGUGCAGCUUAUUGAAGAUUCAUCUCUGCCCACCGUUGAAGAGUAUAGAGCACCAGAGGAACCUGAUACUUUUGAGACUGGGAGUCCCAUCAACAGAGGUGGUUCAAGUGAUGCUCCUGAACCCACUCACACUCCCAAGGCCAAAAGGACUCCUUUGUUUUUUCGGCCCGCUGAGAGAUCAGUUGAUGACGUCUCCCUGUCAUCACCUUCUCAAUCAUCCAACCCUCCAGCGCCGCCCGCAAAGCGAUCUCCUCUUCCCUUGCCUGGAUCCAGUUCCUCACUGCAACCUCAGCUUAGUUCUGAUAAACCGGAGGCAGAAGAUUACUCUAGAAAUGACGAGGAUCAGUCACUCUCUGGGGAAGCGACAGAUUUAGAUGCUUUUCAGUUACAGUUCAAGGGCAACUUUGAACAAGUGGAGAGAGAAUAUGUUCCCGAAGAGAGUGGAAGUCAGGAUGAUGAAGGAGAUGGAGCCGAAGCCGAAGAUGAAGCAGAGGUUGAGGAAGAAGAAGAACAAGAAGGAGCAAAGGACGAACAAAUUGAAGAACUGGAAGAAGGAGAAGCGGGCGAAGCUGUGGAAGUUGAGGAGGACGAGAUCGAAGAAGGAGAUGAGGUUAGAGAAGCGGAUUUUGUUGCCGUAGGAGAAGAAGAAGAGGACGAGGGGACCGACGGCCUUGAAGAUGGAGAUUUAGCUGACGAUGAGUUCGUCGCUGGAAUCAAGUUUGACAUUGCCGAGCUCGAUAAUGACACUCACGUUACUACAACGUCUGGAGUUGUCUUUGAUGAGAAGCACAUUUUUCGGGAGACUUUCACCACCUCGGAGAAGUCACAAAGCUCCAUGCAAUAUGAAGCUUCUUACUUGUCAGCGUCCCUUGUAAAAAGCUCUGGCUUGGGAGAUUCUCGUUUCUCUUUUCAGAGUCUUGGAAAUGGAAAUCCUUACCCUGUUGAAAAGGAUGACAAUGAUCCUGAGGGUGUCUUUCAAGAUAGAAAUCUUGAAUCAGACCAGCUGGAUGAUACCGCCGGUCUUGAUACUGGAGGGACGAGUUACAGUCAGCAAUCUGAGGACAUCGUGGAUGAAGAUGGAGUCUCCAAACCAAAUUUACUAGGCAGAGUAAAUAUAUGCAACAGGUGCGGAGUACAGAAAACCGGGAGCAAUUGUGACUGUGGAUCUUGGUCUGCUGAAGCAGAGUCACAGGAGGAAGGUUCUCUUUCACCUGAGGAUUUUUCUGAAUCAUCUCAGGUUUUUGGAAAUUCCUUAAAAGUCGAAAGACUAGAUGGAAAUAAGCCGGUUGAUGUGUUUCACAACGCGUAUUAUGUCAAGCAAGUAGAUGAUUGGGAGCCAAAGCGAUCAACAAAACCUUUGGUUCCCACACAUUCUACUUCACAACCAUCACAGUCCAGCAGUGGGGUCAAACGGUUGAAGGUUAAGAUAUCGUCUGGUGUUUCUGUGAAGACAGCUUUACCAACACCUGCUAAAGGGAUUAAUAUCAAAGACGCCCCGACUACCGCGAAGGCCCUCUUAGCCACAGGAUUGCUUGAAGGUUAUCAAGUCAGAUAUCUCGACCGGUCAGGAGGGGUCAUGCUCACGGGCAGGAUAAAAAAUUCUGGCAUAGUUUGUGACUGCACAAAAUGCAAGGGACAGCAGGUCGUCAAUGUGUCAGCUUUCGAGAAGCAUGCCGGAAGUUCUGCCAGACAUCCCAGUGACUUCAUUUUCCUGGAGAAUGGGAAAAAUCUUCAUGACGUAAUGGAAGCAGGUUGGAAAGCUGGAACCAACGGGAGGAAAGUGGUUGAGGCAUUGCAGUCAGCCAUGGGGUUUGCCGCGCGGAAGAAAGAAUCAAAUUCUUCUUGUACAGAAUGUAGCGGAACUGGUGGCACUCUUUUUGCUUGUUCUGGACCUCGUUGUUCUGGUGUGUACCAUAUAGAGUGUGCUGGACUUUCGCAGCCACCUGAAAGUGAUUGGUUAUGUGCACUAUGUGAACCUGCUGAGAACCGUCGACGUUUGUUGAAGGCGAACUCUUUGCCGUCAAGAGAACCCAGCACGGGCAAGCAGGAUUCAAGUGCGAACAUGCAUAAGGCGUUAUUUCUUCCUGGGGCUCUACCUGACGAUGUAGAGGUGGGCUAUUACGUGAAGGGACAGCGUUUCUUGACUGGAGUAAAAAAGGGAAGCGGUAUCUGCUGCAGCUGCUGCGGCCAAGUUAUUAGUUGCUCACAGUUUGAACAACACGCUGGAUGGGGCUCGCGUCGAAAUCCGUACUCGAGUAUCUACUUGGCAGAUGGUCGUUCUCUCCAUUGUGCUGCACUUGCUCUUACAAAGAAGUUGGACGAGACACCCGUUGAAAACAUGGACUACUGUACAGAAUGUGGAGACGGUGGGGACCUUGUUCUUUGCGAUGGUUGUCCUGGAGCAUUCCAUCCAGAAUGUGCAGGGCUUAUAAGCAUCCCUGGAGGUCAUUGGUUUUGCCCACGUUGUAAGAAUCAACAGAACUCUGUUCCUGGAAGUGUUCGCAAAGUGACCACUAAGAUGAGAAAUAAGGGUGGAAGUAAAGCAGGUGGGCCUGCUGUGAAAGAAAGUUUGGACGAUCGCUGUACACGCUUACUGAAAGCAACAGAUACAGUUUCCAGCGGUUGUGUCUUUUGUAGGUCUGGGGAGUUUGCGAAAUCGGGUUUUGGUCCUAGAACUAUUCUUUUAUGUGACCAGUGUGAAAGAGAGUUCCACGUGGGCUGCUUGAAAGAACAUGGCCUAGCUAAUCUGACGGAAUUACCGGACGGGGAAUGGUUUUGUGAAAAAGACUGUCAGCAUAUCCAUGGAAUAUUGCAUCUGCUUGUUGCCAAUGGCAUGGAGCCGUUGGCCGGAUCUAUUGUCAGCAAAGUCAUCGAAAAUAAGAAGCAUAAGGAAGGUCCUGAAGCACCGGAGCCCAGUAGAUUCGCUUGGCAAUUGCUUCAUGGUCGACGAGGUGACCCACAAAAUGGAAAAACCCUAACUGAAGCGGCAGCAAUUUUUUCUGAGUCGUUUGAUCCAAUUGUGGACGAAUCAUCAGGAAGAGAUCUCAUACCUCUUAUGGUUCACAGCCGAAGUAUAAGGGAUCAAGAUUUCGGCGGCAUGCACUGCGUGGUUCUCAAGCGCAAUGAUGAAGUUGUAACGGCUGCCUUAGUUCGAAUUUUCGGUCGACAGUUUGCCGAAUUGCCUCUGGUUGCCACGAGAGCAGGAAGUCAUGGGCAGGGUUACUGCAAGGCCUUGAUCUUGUCUAUCGAGAGACUGUUGGGAGUGCUUAACGUAGAGCGACUUGUCCUUCCGGCCGCCGAGGGUGCGGAAGGAAUAUGGGUGAACAAAUUUGGCUUUUCUCAGCUGUCGGACGAAGAGUCUCGAAGAUUCAGAUCUGAGGUGCAGAUGAUGAUCUUCAAAGGCUCUUCAUUGCUCAAGAAAGUGAUCACCCCAAUGGCAAUACAGUGAGCGCCUUGCAGAGGAGGAAAGUCUUCAGUUCAACUCACGCUCAACAUCCUAAGACUCGAGCCCAGAAACUGGACUCCCAACUCUUGAAGCUUUCUCGUGAGAGCUUAUGUUGGUAUGAUCAUUAUUAUCCAAGGUGGAAGAGGAGGCAUGUCCAAAUCGUGCUCUACUUGCAGGCAAAUCCAAGAACUUGUUUUGUUGAGUUCUUCCAGGAAUGGAAAUUCCACUUCCCCGUAAUUGAGUGUCUUACCAGUUAGUCGAGUCACGAUCCAUGUGCAUCAUGGCGACACAUGUCCGUCUAACUCCCUUUCAAGGAAGGCUGGGACUAAAAGUGCAGCGUUUAGUCUUGGGUGUAUCAGUCUACCGUCAAGUCAUCACCCCGAACAUAUUUGAUUUCGGGUUGAGUAGGUAUAUCGUUUUGCACUGGUCAUGAAUCAACUGACUGGGCGACGAAGUCCAGAAUUUCUUGGAACCGUAGCGGACAUAUGGUUAACAAGGAUGGAGAAUUACAACCGAACGCCACGAUUCUGAAUGAAAAUUUGAAGGUGGUUGAGAAGGCUCCGCAAUCUUGUAAUUCUGACGACGUGAGUAUCACUUGUAAUUAGCAAGCAGGAAAAGAGAACAUGCGUUGUCCAUUUUUAGUUGAAAUAGUGUACCAGGUGAGGUUCCAGUUGAGUCUCUUGUUUUGCGGUCAAGCCAGGAUAGAAUUGAUAUUGUUCUUUACAAAUUGGACUUGCUUACUCCAUGAGGUGUUUAGAAAUUCAGCACCAGGGAUUGAGGCAGAAGGGUUACCUGCUUAGUUUCUUAGGAGUACGAUACUUCAAAAAUCAUGUAAUUGAGCUGUGCAUUUACAGUGCAGCAUGCGACAACACAGCAUUAAGUACACGUUGUAUAUUCUGUCACAUGCGUGACGAGGUUUAGCAUCA